GGGUUUGAUUUAAAGUCAUUCAUUCCUUCUCUUAGAUUAAACUGACAUUAACUCUCGUUCACAAUUUCCUCACAGAUGCCAGGUGUCACAGUGAAAGACGUCAACCAGCAGGAGUUUGUCCGUGCCUUGGCGGCUUUCCUGAAGAAGUCAGGAAAGCUGAAGGUGCCUGACUGGGUGGACCUUGUAAAGCUGGCUAAGCACAAGGAGCUGUCUCCCAGUGAUGAAAACUGGUUCUACAUCAGAGCUGCAUCCACUGUUCGCCACCUGUACCUCCGUGGGGGUGCUGGUGUAGGCUCCAUGACCAAGAUUUACGGUGGUCGCAAGAGGAACGGUGUGUGCCCUGCCCACUUCAGCGUAGGAUCCAAGAAUGUGGCCCGCAAGGUUCUGCAGGCCCUUGAGCUGCUCAAGAUGGUGGAGAAGGACCCCAACGGUGGUCGCAGGCUAACCUCCCAGGGAACCAGAGACCUGGACAGAAUUGCUGGCCAGGUCGCAGCUGCAAACAAGAAAUCUGUUUAAUAAAUCUGUUUUUUGGAGAAAGUCAAA